AAUGUGUAGGUAUAACAACAGCCUGUCAUAUGUACCUCUUUCACAUUGUCCAAUUCCAAAUGGAACAGGUUUCACUGACAGGGUGGGUUCAUAUAAACCUCCCUCUUCUGAUGUCACCCGCAGUCAAACUCAAGAGGGUUUAAUCCACUGCCACGGAUUAAUUUCCACGCUUCUGUUUUGGGAGAUGAGCAAACCAGGAACCGGACGAAGGUGCUGUUUUGUUGUUGCACACUGAUCGUUCUGGGUGGAGGAGAACAAUGAGCAGAACAGCACAAGGCCCAGCGUGGACGAACGAACCAGAAGCAUAGGAGUAGGACCUCCGCAAAGGGCCUCGAGGCCUUGAGUUCCUACGGCAACGACAAUAUAUCCAAUCACAGCGCUCACCUUAAGGGCUCUUUAACUGCGAACGAAGUGCAGGCCCUGCGGGGAGCCCGAGAGGGAGGGAGGGGCACCAUGAUUGACCUGAGCUACCUGACGGAGGAGGAGCAGGAGAUGAUCGUGACGGUUCUGAAGAGGGACGCCGAGCUGAAGAGGGCCGAGGAAGAGCGAGUCAAGCAGCUGCAGAAGAUUCCGGCUGAAGGUGGGAAGCUCAAGUACCUGUCAGGGGAGUGGUUCUACGAGGCCAAAUCGCAGAGGCACCUGGACCGCAUCCAUGGCUCUGACAUCAUUAGGGCAUCUAUGAACCAGAAGGACCAAAUGACCCUGCUGAGCCUGACCCAGUCAUGGGCAGCAAGGACCAGAGCACUCCGUAAUGGGAAUAAAGAGAAGUUACGCCCCCCGGAACGUUUGGAAGAAAAUCAAGAGCCACCAAAGCAGCCGAAGGAGGACAGGGAAAGUGACCAUGCCUUCCGGGACCUAAAGCAGGAGAGACCGAGGGUGGCUUUGCGCUCUUCAACCAAGAGACACAACCCGUUCAACAGGGCCUCGCUGGUGUUGCCGGAGGCCCCCGGGGAGACAGCCAGCCAGCUAACCAGCGGAGCCGCGGAGCUGCACGAGACGACCGCGGGGGAAUCUUUCUCACCACUCAAGAGUGAUGUAUCUGGUCCAACUGAUGACCUCAGCUUAAAAGGUCCUGGUGAAAUACAAGAAAUAGACACUGAACCUGCUCCUGUACCAAAAAAGAGAACAAUCAUUUUCAAACCCCUGGACUCUCUCCUUGACAAUGAUAGUCUAUUCCCCAAGUGGGGGGACUGGAGGAUUGGCUCACGCAGCAAAUCGGUCCCGCCCCGAGGAAUACUUAAACAUAGCACCAGCUGGAGCUCUAAUGACUCUGGGCUGCCCAAUGAAGGUGCAGGCAGGCGGCUGGAGCUGCCGGGUGACCAACCCUCUUUGCCCGCUGACGUUGCCCCGGAGGGAAAGCCCACGGAGAAGGGGGCAGAAGACAAGAAUUUAGAUGGCACACUGUACGGCGAGCAAGCAGGUUUCGCCCCGAGGGAUGCCGCCGGGGGGCCAAACCUGUGGGAGGGUCGGGAGUAUGGGGACCAAGACCUGGUCAGUCUGGACCACCCCGCGCCAUUGGAUGAGGAAAGAGGGGAGGUGGAGCCAGGCACCAACUGCAAGAAGAAUGAUGGCAGCAGUGGUCUCAGCCUUGCCCCGUGCAGCACAGUCUGUGAUCAGCCACCAGAGGAAGAGGCUUGUCCCUCGGAUGCUUCCAGAACUCUAAAGGAGUCAAAGUUUGGCUGGAUGACCCAUACAAAGUUUCCCCCCCGCGAUCGCACGCCCUCUCCCGGCUUUGAGGCGCAGCGUCACGGGCGGGCAGGUGGCAGGGAAGAGGCAGGUACAGGUGAGCCACUGGCUACAGGAGAGAUGGCGCCCACGAGAUGGGAAGAUGUACAUCUGCCCCAAGACCCUGUCGGUCAGAAUAAGAAGCAGGCUGAAUCAACACCUCCCCAGGUGUCCUGCCUCCCAUCCUUCAUGGAUGAGAAAAGUAAGCCAGUUUAUGCUCGGAUGAGGAGCCUCGAAGCAUCACCCGUGCUGGAAUUACGAAGCCCAGAGUUCGCCAAGGGUGACUCCAUUACCAAGGUCCUAGAGUGGUUCAGCAGAAGCUCAGACAGUCAAGAAGAGCACGUCUGUGAACAAGAAGUGGAAACCAAAGAUCAACCAGGGGCACCUGCAGAUGAUAUGACAAAGCAUAAGAUGGUGGAAGACAGGGACCAACCAGUCAUGCCCAAAGGUGAUUUCACCACAGUCAACCAAGCAUUGAUUUCUGAUGGGUCCCCAACUGCAGACAUACAGGUGUCACAUCUAAGGAGGGCAAAACUGGAAAGAAAUGCAAUGGUAGAAGAAACGGGCAUCAUCUGUGUAGAAUACAGUGAUAAAAAUCAGUCUCCGACUGAACAAGAAAGAACAUGCCCUGAAUCUGCAAUAGAGGACCCCAUCCUUCUGCAACAAACUCAGUUUGCAAACUCCUCCCUCAACACAGAGUUAGCCUAUCAGCCAGUGCCACGAAUGUCCACUGUCCGACCCCAGAGCCAAAAUAAAGUAAAUGCAAUAGAAACAAAGGAGGUGCAUGACAGGGAGGCCAAAGCCAUCUUGCGCAGUCCAGUCCACAAGACAACACAGCAAGAGGUUAAACAGAGUGAGCCGAGAAAUGAGAGGUCGCCUCAAAGAAUCACCAACUUGAAGUCAUUCUGGGAGAGCAACAACAGUAGCCCUAAAAUACCGACCAGCAGGUCUAGUGAAACCUCCAAACAUAAGGAAAUCGAGCCUGUUAGUCAAACUGACAGAACAAAGAUAGAGUCUAAAGUAGACCUCUGUAAGGCAGAGCAGAAGGUCCCACCAAGGGCAGGAGAAACAUAUUUAGACACUAAAAAUGAGAAAGAGGUUUAUGGAAUGUGUGUCUCUCAUUCUCUUGCUCAAGGCAUUCAUACUAAGGGAAAGUCUAUAGACAAGGAGGAUGGUGUUCGUGAACCACGUGUGCAGUCAGUUCUUUCUCUUACACAAGAGGACCCUCUCAAAAGAGCACAGAAUGACCAUAGAGAACCAGAAGUUGUUCUUGCUCCAUGGUGUGUGGAUGAAGUUCUGCCCCUUGAGAGCAGUCACCUGGUUGAGAGUUUAGAAGAAGAGAAGUACAUUGCUAAAUGCAUUGUCAUUGGUGAAGAUAUGGAAAUUCCUGUCUCCUCAGUAGAAGGGAAAACUGUUUUGCAGAAAUUACCCCAGAAAGGGGAGGUGCCUUCUGGGAUGGCCCCACUGUCCAAACAUGUAUCAUCAUUAGUGGAGCAAUCCUCUUCUGCAACCACUGUCAAACAGGGGCCUAAUCAACUUGACAACAGUGCAGACAAGGUCAGGCACCUCAAAACUUUCUGGGAAAGUGAGAAACCUGGACCCACAGUGAUAACUGCCAAACCAAAACAAGAGAUAGCAGACACUAAAAAAAGCCAAUUUUCUGCUCCCCCUGGAAGUUUGAACAAAAAGACUUCAAAGUCCGCAUUUGACCUUAGGAUGGUAGAUACUGAUAAUGAUUACAGUGCUUCCCCACUCAAAGAAGGUCCUAAUUUUACGGUCACCUCAAUGAAACAAAAGAUGGAGAAGACAUCGAUGGGCCAGAGCCUAAGCAACUUGCAGUUUAAAAACCUUCGUGAUUUCUGGGGUGGAACUAAUGGGCAGACUUCACAGUUGCCUCCCACUGAAAAAAUAACACUCAGUCCAAAAAGCCCCCAAAUGAAAGGUCAAGAGUCAAGUCUGAAUGACCUAGAGGAGAGCCUAUCCCCAACUGGUGAUAAAAAGCCAUACCCCAGGUUACCGUCCAAAGAUCUGGAAAUGGCUAACUUUACAGCCCAGAGAGCUGAGAACUAUAAUCUGAAAAGGUACACCAUUGAUAUCUCAUCUCCUAAGGGUGAGCUUGAACAGAAGAAACGGCUCUCUCCACCCCCUCUUCCCAGACAAGAGUCAGGAUCAUCAGAUGAGAUGAGCAUGACAAGAUCUUCAGAUAGCAGCCCCUCUAUGGAAACAAAAAGGACUCAGUCACAGCAGUGGCCUGCAGGUAAGGAGGAGCAGGAUUCACCCCUUCACUCUGACCAGGCUCCACUCAUCAAGCAUAGGACCUCAAUAGCCCAGAGGAACCCCCAGCAGCCCAGGAAGACCAGCUUGGGAGACACCACCGGGAUGGUGAACCUUAGCGAAGAGCAGCAGGACAUUUCAUCCGAGCACCUCAGGAACACACAGGAGGAGCAACUGAGUGAAAGACAGCCCCCACACAGAGAGGCCCCAGAGAGACGACCUUCAGGGACAUCGAAUGGUGGUGAGAGACCACAGCCCCUUGCCAGGUCCUGCAUACCUUACCAAGACUACCAUCACUACCUUGGAAUUCCAGAGGGGGAAACGUUCCAGAGCAUGCCGGCUGCAAAAAAGGAGAAGGAGGUGGAGACCAGUGCCAGCUCCCCACCGGAAGUGGAGUUGGGCGUGGGGAGUGGACCUGUUCGAUCCAGCACCCCAGUGGUCUCAGAGGAACCCCAGGCCAGUAGGGGGAGUGAGGGGCAGUACCCCUGGCAGUCCCAACAUGGAACAGAUGGCCUUGACCUUGAUUCCUACAGGAGCAGUACCUGCGAAACCUGGUCUUACUCUGGGACAAGCUCGGCCUGCGAUGACGAAGACUCAAACUCUGUGAGGAUGGCCUUGGAACGAGCCAGACUGAGGCCCGUGUCCGCCUCCAAAAGUGUUGAGGACAUGACUUUAUUGCCGACAAGUGAGGAAGAAGGAAGGAGUAAAAACACUUCCAGAGGUGAAUUAAUGCUCAGUAUGGAUGAUGUCUCUGUGAUACAUCAGUCUCCUCCCUCUGACCUCAGCCAGAUGAAGAGCAUGAGCAAAUCUGUGCCCGCUUUCCUGCAGAAAGAGAGCAGCGCAAGAGACAGCGACUCCGCUUCGGAGAGCAGCGUCCGCACGGGCAGGCGGACCAAGAUUGGCAGCUCUCUCACUAACCUUAGCAGCUCCUCCGGCAUGUCUUCUGUCAGCGGCAGUGUGAUGAGUGUCUACAGCGGCGACUUCGGCAGCGUGGAGGUGCGAGGGACCAUACAGUUCUCCAUCGGCUACCUGAAGAAGUCGAAGGAGUUCCACAUCCUCGUGGUGCAGUGCCGAGAUCUGGCGGCUGUGGACCCUGAGAAGAACCGCUCCAACCCAUAUGUGAAGAGCUACCUCUUACCUAACCAACCAAAGUUGGGUAAGAGGAAGACCUCGGUAAAGAAGAAGACUCUGAACCCGAAUUUCAGUGAGAUUCUCCGGUACAGAGUACGCAUGGAGACCCUCAAAAAUCUUAUGCUCAACCUCUCUGUGUGGCACAAUGACACUUUUGGGCGUAACAUUUUCCUGGGUGAGGUAGAGAUGGAUUUGUCCAAAUGGGACUUUGGAAAAACCCAUAUGGACGUCUUAACCUUGAAACCGAGGGUGCCAUCUGCCUUCCAGGCCUCGGAGUACAGAGGAGAGUUGAGACUGGCUCUGCGUUUCCUUCCUGAGAUGGCCUACGGUAACAAAUCGUCCAACACGGGUGAAGUCCACAUCUGGGUGAAAGACUGUAAGGACCUCCCUAUCAUCCGGGGCAUAUCCAUUAACCCUUUUGUGAAGUGCUUCGUGCUUCCUGACACGAGCAGAAAGAGCUGUCAGAAAACACGGGUUCUGAAGAAGACGCGGAGCCCGUCGUUUAACCACACCAUGGUCUACGACGGCUUCAAGGCGGGGGACCUGCCCGAGGCCUGUGUGGAGCUCACGGUCUGGGACUAUGACCACAUCGCCAGCCACAUCGUGGGCGGCCUGAGACUGGGCCUGGGCACCGGUAAAAGUUACGGGGCAGUGGUGGGCUGGAUGGACUCCAGUGCAGAUGAGGCAAAUUUAUGGGAACGGAUGAUGGAUUCCCCAAACGAAUGGGUGGAGGAUGUGCUCCCUUUAAGGAUGCUAACUGUAGCAAAAAAUAUGGGGAAAUGAGAGAAUGGUUACAUGAUUUUGGGAUAAAGUUAUUUUACCUAAGAAUUUACUGAAAGGUGCGUAAUGAAGUGUGUAUAAUGUAGAAUUAAAACUGCAGAGAAAUAUCAUGCUACAUAUAGCAGUAAACCUUUAGAUUUUUCUUAUAGUAAACAAGGAAACAGACUUUAUGCUAUUAGUGUUUAGUGACAUUGUUUUUUUUUUUUAACUGGACUCUGGUGAAGAAAUUCUGCUAAUUCUAAGAUUGCUUAUUGCUCAAUCAGUUUCUUAUUAACAUCAGACUAUACAUACAGUACACAUGUAUUUCAUAUUUUACUAUCUGUAUAUUCCCUUUGCACUGUGCUUGUAUUUAGAAUAAAGCUCCAUGCUUUAUAUAAAGGUGUGAGUAAUUAUGUUACUCAGUCUUAAACAGUGAUGAAAGAGAGUGUGGUACAGAACGUUUUGUAACAUUCAGUACCACAGAGGAGAACAACCUGCCAAUGUUCUGACAUGUUCUUUACCACAAUCUGUUUCAUCACUGUGUCUAGGCUUUGAAAUGUCUGUGCCCUUAUCUAUUUGAAUACAGUGCUGCUGGAUUGUAAUGUAAAUAGCAAAAUACCAUCUUGAUAAGGUCUUCAUAUGACCUGUGUCAUCUUAGAAUUAGUAACUAGCAGUGAGGCAAUUAGUAUGCCAGGUAUCGCAUAGGACCAAAAGGGAGACUGGAGUUGUGUUUUUCUUUUUAAUAAUGACAUGAAUGUUCCAAUGUUUUUGGGGUUUCUGUAUUAUGUUUUCUCUCAUAUACUGCGACAUAGUUGCUGCGUAAAAUUUGUACAAAUCCUUUGAAUCGGUAGAAUAUCAGGUGUGUUUAAUCUUGCUCUGGGGGAGCCAAAGGUUUUGGUUUCUGUUUUCAUCUUAAAAUCAGCAACUAAUCCCAGAAACCAGUUGAGCUGAGUAAAACUGUAAACUUUAAUUGGAAUUGUUCAAAAAAUUUGUAUUCAUCCCAACUUCUUUUAAAAUAAUAUUGCAAUAUUUAUUAGUGUAGAUCAACAGGGAAUUAACUGCAACUACUUUUUUUCAAUGUUUAAAUCAAAUAUGUACUACAAUUAUAGUACGCUGUGCUGCAAUGCUGAGACAAGCUAAUGCAUAACCAAACUUACUAUAAAGAGAAAUAGAAUUCAGCAUCAAGGUACUUUGGGGUUGAGGUUUGUAAGCAGGUCAGGGCGGGCACUUCUCUGCUUCUACUUAUUUAUUCAUUUAUUUAUUGCCUGUAGGGGGCAGCAUUAAUUCCUCAACCAUACAAAAUUUCAGAGCUGAGAUAGCGGGUUUAAAUCAAGCAUGUAAUCACAGCCACUUUCUUACCAGCUGUGCACUGAUGUGCUAUGUAUGUAUGUAUGCGCUGCAUCAAAGUGAGCUGGAGGCAUGAACACCUACUAAUAAAGAUGACAUGAGCAGUGA